AUGAUUCUCACACUCAAUUGUGAUAAUAUAAGUGAAGUUUCCCAAAACUUAAAUACGGAUAUUUGCAGUAUUAGUGCCUUCAAAUGGCGCCUGAGUAUUGUCGUUAGCGUAAUGUUGUUGGUAAUUGGUAUUCACGUGUUGCGGAAAUGGAAAUACAGGCUCCACCACACCUUGCUGUUGUACCACAAUCUACGUGCUGCCGUAGCCUUGUUGUUAUUUACCGUGAACACAAUAGAGUUAGCGCGUGCGUUGUUGCCCAUAUCACCACCACAACAACAACAACAAACCACAAGUGAUACAUCCAUACCGAAUAAUUAUGUGCUACUAAUAAUUGGCAGCGACAUGUUGUGGAAUGCUUUGGCAGCGCUCUUCCUCACCCUCAUACUGAUGUGGUAUCAUCGCGUGGUGGAGGUGAAGAAGUCGGCAAAUUACCUUUAUUUCAGCUGCAUUGUUGAGUUAUUUGUUUCUUCGGUGCGUACUUAUGAACUCGCCGAGGUUUCGUAUUUUCAAAAUAUCUACGAAAUGGAAGCUUGUCUAGAAACCUUAUCGGUCAUGGCACUGCUGGGAAUGGCGGCAAUUGAUGGCUUUACGAUAUACAAAGAGCGUUUUCGCCCCGAUUAUUUAGAGAAUUAUGAGAAAAUCGGCUACAAACACACUCUGGCUACAUUCUAUUCGAAGGCUUGCUUUUGGUGGCUAACCCCACUGCUAUGGUUUGGGUACAAAGAACCUUUAGAAGUGCAAGAUUUGGGUCAAAUGCGCCUGGAAGAUAGCGCGCGUGCGCACUACGAUCAAUUUUUGUUGCUAUAUAAAACAGCUAAAGUGAAAAAUGGCGAUCGCCCACCAUCGUUGUGGCUUUGCUAUUUGCGCAGCAGCUGGCGAAUGUUUACGUUGGGCGGACUGUUGAAGCUGUGCGGUGAUUUAUGCGCACUAAUUGGCCCACUUGCCAUUCAACAAAUUGUGCAGUACAUCGAAAACAUGUACAACUCGACUUACACGAGUUGGAUGCAUUACAAUAACAACAGCAACCAUAGCAGCAGCACAAACGCCACUUCCAACGACAACAUCAACAAUUCGAUUUGGCAGCGAAGUGUAAGGGAGAGUGUGGGAAACCACAGCUAUGAUAGUGUUGAAAUUGUUAGGAAUAGAUCAAUUACGCCAGGGGGUAUUCAAUAUCUCUAUAGGGACCACAGCAACAACAAUGGCAGUAGUAGUAGGGGCAGCAGAUUUGGUAAUUUCCAUGACAGCAGUCGCAUUAGUCUGCAAACAGCAGCAACAAAUUGGAUUUCAAAAACCUUGUCAGCAGCUUUAACCACUAGCAUUGAUAGCAGCACUAAUAGUAACAACAACAAUCAUCACAAUAUGCACUUCAUCAGCCCAUCAGCUCAGGUCGCAAUGAUAACUGUGCCCAGUCCGUUAAGCGCUAGCCUCAGCAGCAUCAUCAACACAACCGCAAAUGAUAAGAAUCAAAUGUUGAAUGUUGGCAUCGAUUACAAUGGCACUGAAGUGCAAAUUUACUAUCCGAAUUGGUUGGAUUUAGUGGCGAACGGUUGGGCUAUCGCUUGGCUAGUGUUAUUGGCCGCAUUGGCGCAGGGCGCGUUCUCACAAGCCUCCACACAUAUACUCAACAUGACAGGCAUCCGAAUAAAGACAUCGCUGCAGGGUUUAAUCUAUCGCAAAACAUUGUUGCUCAAUUCGAGUGUUGGACAUGUAGCUGCCAGCAGCGAUGGUGGACAUAAUGAAGGAUGUGAUGAUGGUAAUGACAAGACGAAAGGAAAUUAUUUGAAAUCGGAUACUAAUGGUGCUAAUAGCCAUGCGGCUGCAGAAGAAGGCAAAGCAGGUGGUCAUGGUAAUGCCAGUGCAGGUGUUGGAGGCAGCAGAGGUAUGGCAGAAGAGGAUAUCAGCGGUUUGAACGAUGUGGGCGCCAUAACAAAUCUGAUGUCGGAGGAUGCAUUGAAUGUGAUGUCAUUCUUUUGGAUAGCGCACUAUGUGUGGGCAAUACCACUGAAGAUUGGUGUUGUUAUGUAUCUUCUCUAUCUCAAGUUGGGUAUAAGUGCUAUUAUUGGAUCGUUUGUGUGUAUUUUAACGAUGACUCCACUGCAGUUUCUGAUUGGCCGCGCAAUGUCUUUUAAUACGGAGAAAGUGGCGAAAUGUGCCGACCAACGUCUCAGGAUUAUUCAUGAUGUACUAAUGGGCAUAAAGGCUAUCAAAUUCAAUGUUUGGACGGAGUCUUUUGUGCAUCGUAUUGACAAGACACGUAAAAAGGAAUUGAAGUAUCUUUGCUGGGACUCUUUUCACUGGACAUUGAUGACCAUUCUCACCCACAUUUCAAGCGUCCUUAUCAGCUACGUCACACUCGCCGCAUAUGUCAAGCUCGAAGGUGACGCCAUGGAGUUCACCGCCAGUCGUCUAUUCUCCGCUUUGGCACUAUUUCAACAGCUCACUGUUCCAUUACUCAUAUUCCCCAUAACCGUACCAAUUAUUUUGUCCGCCGUUGUAUCGACUAAACGUCUCGAGCGUUUUCUCAGCGCACAUGAAAUACACAAACAAUUCGAAGGUAUACGUCACAUGGCACGCAUCCUAAGCAAAAGUGAUGCCUCACUGGACUACUACGAAGUGCAAGGCAAAGCAACCAAUGACACAGCGCUGUUAAGUGGAAGUGGCAGCGGUGAUAGUGGAUUAGGUUUAGGUGGUGAAAAAUUGCAGGCGCAGUGCGACAAUAAACGAAGUGAGCGUUUGACGUUGAAACUGCACAUACCGGAGAGUCCAGCGCCAUUGGCGCACUCCGAGCCGCAGUCGCCACUCAUAGCAUUCGACCCGCCAGCCAUGGAUAAGCAUUUGCUUACGCCGCGUCGUAAAAGUGAAGAGCAUUUGCUUGGCAGUUCGAUGGGUAGUAGGUUGAGUCAACAGCGACGCGAUUUGCUGCGCAACAGCCCCUAUGUAGUGAUACGACCACGAAAAUUUCCCGGCAGUGGAUCGGCGCAGGCGCAUGCACAAUUAACGCCAGCGCAGCAGUUAGCUCAACGACAUAUGGAUUCAUGGAGUCGUGAUUCGUUGGUGCUGAAACUGCCAGACGAUAUGGCGGUAUCGGUGCGUGAUGCGUGCUUUGCUUGGAAUCCACAACGGCCGGAAAUACGACGGCUGAGCGUGCGAAACGUGACUGUGCCGCGAGGGAAACUCACUAUGGUGGUGGGUAAAAACGGCAGUGGAAAGACAUCGUUAUUGUCGGCGUUGCUCAUGGAGAUGCCACUGCUGCGCGGCGAUAUCAUUUGGAAUAAAACUUCUACCAUUGCUUUCGUGCCACAGCAGCCCUGGCUGCUCAACGCUAACAUACGUGAGAAUAUUUUAUUUGGCGAGUCAUUUCGUCCACGGCGUUAUGAUUUCGUAUUGGAGGCGUGUGCACUGAAACCGGAUAUUGAGCUGAUGCCGGAUGCGGAUUUCACGGUGAUUGGUGAGCGUGGCAUUAAUUUGUCGGGAGGUCAGCGACAGCGUGUAGCCAUUGCUCGUGCCCUGUACUCAUCGGCCAAUGUGGUGAUAAUGGAUGAUCCUUUCUCUUCGCUGGACAAUGAGGUGGCACGUCAUAUUUUUGAACAGAGCGUGCAACGCAUGUUGCUCAAGGCGAAACGAACCGUUAUAUUGGUGACACAACAGUUGCAACUGACACAGCAUGCGGAUUAUUUAAUUGUGAUGAAAAAUGGCCAACUGCAAGCCACAGGCGACUAUAAGGAAAUCGAAUUGAAAUAUCCGCAUAUUGUUGCCAAAUGGCAAACAAUCAUUGCCCAAGUCAAUAAACAGACAGAGAGCGACGAGAGCAACGCCGCUGCUGCUGGAAGGACUGCGCGCGAACGUUGGAAAUUAUACCAAAAUGUUACGAAAUUGGGCCUCCAGCGCACAAAGUCCAGCAAAGUUGCGGCAACAAAAACAAAAGGGAAGGCAAAACCAACUCGUAGAGAGUCACGCGAAAUUGUUUUGAAUUUGAAUGAUGGCGACGUUGUCGUUGAUGUUGGGCCUAUUGGCGAUACAGUCGGGCGGAUGGCUUAUUGUGAAACUGGUCUUGGGGCAAUUCUUGACAAUGACGAUAUGGCUACUGCUGGUGGUGAUGACAACAGCGCCGAUUUGGACGAAGUUGAUGCUGUGGAGGAUGAAGCUGAGGACGACGAGGAUGAGGAAGAGGAUGAGGAUGAAGAGGAAGAUUUGUUGCCUGUGUCCCUUCCCUCGAUCAGUCGCUGUCGCAGCGGCAGCGCGUACAUAAAUCGCAUUGGCAGCAUACACUCCUCUGCCGUUGGCACCUCUAUUGGUGCCAUUGCCGGUCGCAUUCCGCUCACACGUCAACGCUCCAGCCUCUAUGGAUCACGCCACCUUUUCUAUGACGCACCACUUCCCAUCGAUGAAUGCCAAACGGAGGAUGUGAUUUUGAGACGACGACGACGCUCGCAACGUCAUAGACGCAACUCCACACAAGACCAGCAACGCCCCGCUUCACUCAUCUCCACCGGUAGUAGCCGACUGAGUGGCGCGAGCGCAUCGACGACAGCAUCCGCCGAGCUGCGGCGCAGCAUCUUCACCAAUAGCUUUGGCAGCAGUGCACCCAGUUAUAUGAGCGGUAUUAGUGGUAGUAGUGUGCUGUCUGUGGAUACGGGUGUCGAUGUGUGCAGUGAGGUAGUGCCCCAGCGUACGCAAUCAUGGCAGCCCCAGAGCGGUGGUGCAAUAUCUGGUGAUAGUAAAGGUCACCAGAAGGUGGCGCGUAACAAAUCUUCACCUGGUUGUUUGGUACACAACACGCAACAGCAGAAAAUUAAUGCUGAAGCAACGGCAGACUCUGGUGUGGGCAGCAGUUUUCAGCAAUUUUUGCGCCGCAUGUCAAUGCGUCGUUCGGCAGCGCAUCGCAAGCCGCGGCCGAUAAGCGGCACAAAUUCCAUUAGGAGAAUUACGGAAGAAGGCACAUCAAACCAACAUACGCCUAUUUCCACCUCGGUGCCUUCGAUUGAAUUGAGUGCGGUGGCAACGCCAGAAGUGGUUGAAAAUGAAAAGGAUGCAUCAAUUUCAGAGGAUGACAGUUGGAUUGCACGCAUCGAAAAUGAGGAGGUGACAGAUGCCAACAUCGACUAUAAAACUUUGAAAAACAUGACAAGUACAGCAAUGAACCGUAAUGAUGUCAUGCCACUAAAACGAAAACACACAAUAAAGAGCAACAGGAGCAGCAUUAAAAGAACAGCGGGUCGUGGUGUGACUGCUGCCAGCGCGUCUCUGGGCUACGAUGCGGAACGAAAGUAUGGGAAAAUACCAACACAUAUCUAUUUGUUGUAUCUGCGUGCAUCCGGUUGGCAAAUGGUGACGAUAUUCUUUUUGACGGCUUUGAUUUGGCAAGGCAUGCGAGUUUACACAGAUGUGUGGUUGCAGCAUUGGACCGAUGGCAGCGCAGGUAAUGCCAGCAUUAACAGUAGCGGCACUCACAGAGACUGGACACGAGCUGAUAGAAGUACGAUGGCUGUGUUGCCAGAGACAAUGCAUAGCUCGAACACAACGAUAAUGGAUGCUGCCGGGGCCGCAGUAGCAAGAGGAGCAGGAUCAGUGACAGCAAUGUCUUUGGCUGCCAUCAGCAUGGUUUACAACAACAGCACCAGUGACAACAAUAGCAUCUACAACAAUAAUGCCACUGACAAUGGUCACGCCGCGGAUGUCACGUAUUAUUUUCACAUUUAUUCGGCGAUUUCGUGCGUUUGCAUUGUAAUGGCAGUGAUAUCGACACCAGCCGGUCAAUUGGCCGGUUGCAAUGCGCGCGGCAAUCUACACGACCAAUUGCUGUUGGCGAUUAUGCGAAAACCGUUGCACUUUUUUCAGGUGACUCCACUUGGACGGCUCAUGAAUCGGUUCGGCAAUGAUAUGGCCAUCAUCGAUAAGAAAAUUGCCGCCACCAGUCAACGCCUGCUACAAUUUUCGCUGCUUUGCUUAUGUGCUGUGCUAAUUAAUGUCAGUAUUACGCCUUGGUUUAUGCUGUUGACAGCACCGAUUUGCAUUGUCUAUUACGUCAUUCAGAAAUUCUAUAGGUGUUCGGCGAGAGAAUUGCAGCGCAUCGAAAACUCAACCAGUUCACCGGUGAUCUCACAUCUCUCGGAGACCAUUCAAGGUGUUACGACGAUAAGAGCUUACAAUCAGGAGGCAAGAUUUACCGAAAUACUCUUCAAACGCUUGGAGGCGAACACGAUUGCUUUUACGAUAUUGAAUACGAGCAAUCGUUGGCUGGGCAUAUCGCUGGACUUUCUUGGUGGCUUUAUUGUAUUCAUUGCAAUCAUAACCGCUCUGGUAGCAGCUUCUAUAAGUUGUGCGCGCUAUAGUAGAAAACUCAGCAGCAAUGCAACGAACUUUCAAAAUCCCGACACACUAACGCCAUCACCCUCGCUCGUUGGCCUGGCCAUCAACUAUACACUGCUGAUGCCCAUCUACUUGAAUUGGGUUGUUAAGCUCCUAGCCGAUAUGGAAAUGUAUGUAGGCUCUGUGGAACGCAUUGCAUACUAUGCAGAAAUCGAUCAAAAUGUAGAAACACCGUUGGACAUAACUAAUGGCAAUACAUCUGCAAAUGAGAAAGGAAAAGCAAAAUCGGCGGGAAAAUCAGUCAAAGAUUCGUGUGUAAAUUUUGAAGUGGCGCGUGUCGAGUUUUGCAAACCACGGAGCUUAUCGGUGCCAUUAGUGAUGAGUAAUUACGAAUCCGUGCCAAUUUCCUGGCCUCGCCAAGGUGACAUCAGCUUUGAAAAUGUGAGCUUGUCUUACGAAGGGCAAAAGGAGGAAGUAAUCAAGAACUUAACACUAAGGAUUCCUUACGGGCAAAGGAUCGGUAUUUGCGGACGCACAGGUAGUGGCAAAUCCUCCUUAGCGAUGUCCCUGCUGGGUGUGCUACAAACAACAUCUGGGCGCAUCUGCAUCGACGAUGUAAAUAUAACAAAAAUUCAUCCAGAUGAGGUGCGCAUGCGCGUAUCGAUGAUACCGCAAGAUGUGCACAUCUUCAAUUUCAGCAUACGGGAAAAUCUCAAUCCAACCAAUUACUAUGCCAUUUCCGAGCUGUGGGAUGCGUUGGAUAAGGUGGGGUUAAUGAAUUUCGUUAAUCAGCUGCCGGAAGGCAUUGAUACCAUUGUCGGUGAUGGUGGCGUGCAAUUGAGCGCCGGCCAACGUCAGCUGCUCUGCUUGGCGCGCAUCAUUUUACGUGGCUCUGUUUGCUUGAUACUCGACGAAGCAACCAGCUCAUUGGAUAGUGCCGCUGAACAGGUGCUACUCUCAGCUGUGCACAGCUCAUUUCGUGGGCGUACAAUAAUAACAAUUGCACAUCGCCUUUCAACAAUACUCGACUACGAUCGCAUUAUUGUUUUGGAACAGGGUCGCAUUGUUGAGGAUGAUAUGCCAGCUGAGCUGCAGCGACGUAAAGAUGGCAUUUUCUAUAGCCUACUACACUCGGGACGGCCAUUGGAUGGCACUGCUGCUGAUCCAGUGAAAGCAGGAAAUAAUCAAACACAGCUGGAAAGGACAGAUUAAAGUGUUUAGUCUACUACUUAUACAUAUACCCACAUACAUCGGUCAGCAUUUUUAUGUAUAGGUGCUUAUGUAUAUAUACUUGACGUGUUUUAUAUGUAAAUGCAUUUGAAAUUUGUAUAUUGAGUCGACUCAUUGUGCAGUAUUUCUUAUUGUAAUUUAUUAAUUUCACAUUGAAUUUUUUUACAUUCACUCACAUUUUUUCUCUAAUUGCCAUAUGAAGUUUGCUUCCUGAAAAUAUGCUAUGUUAGAUGUAAAUUUUGUUGCUGCAUCUCGUUGGUUGUGGCUGUACAGAAUGAACCAAUUUAGUAUCAUUUUACUUAAACCGAUAUGAAGAGUUCGAAUAUGUUUAAUUUCUAGUCUUUUUUAUUAAUUUACAUACAUAUAUAAGUAAGCCUUUUUAUUGUACUUACUUUUGUGUAAAUAUCUGCUAUACGUACAUGAAUAUUUUCUCCAAUAUUUUACAACUAAU